CAAAAUCAUACUAGCAAGCAAACCAAUCCCUGAGCCCCUCAACGGGCCUCGAUUCCAUCCAACAACAUCAAACAAACAGGCUGAAGCCCCGCCUUUCACCUCACCAAUUCUCUCCUCCCCUCCCCCUCCGGCAAGAGCCGAGCGACCACCUGAUAAAUCCUCCCGCCUCCGUCAAGAACCCAGUAACCGCUCUCCUCAUCAUCCCCUUCCCCCCUCCGCCCACCGCAGCAAGAAACCAACAACUUGCCGCCAUCUUCCCCUCCCUGCCCCCCCACCCAUCCCCGCGAGGCCGCGAGAUGGACGACGUGCAGCGGAAGGAGGCGCUGCUCCUCGCGGUGGGGGUCCUGACGGGAGGCGCCGCGGAUUUCGCCAUCGCCAUGCCCAAGGAAGCCCUGCGCGCCGCAGCCAGGCACCUGGCCCAGCUUGCUCUAGAUAUAGCAGCUUGUGCAGAUGCCUCUGGCUUCGACACCUCCGACCUGCGCGCCGCCGCCAAGGCGCUGUUGCAGGCAGAGGCGGGCAGCAGGUCAGACGCCAUCAGCGACCUGGUACGAGAGUGCCUCAGGUUGGACGGGAUAGUGGCCAUGCGAGAUGCGGCUGCCGCGGACGACCUCCGGCGAGGCGUCCUGGACGUGGCACUGGCCGGGGGGACCCUGCUCCGUCUCCGCGUCCUCCCCGCGCGCGGGUUGGACUUCUUGCUCGCCGCCGCCGAGGGCGGCGCGGGGGGCGAGGUCCCCGAGGCUGAUGCGGACGCCCGCGCAGCGCAGGCGGAGCUCGCGAGGGAGAGGGAGGCGGAGCUCCGGAGGAAGAGGGAGGCCGAGCUCAAGAGGGAGGCCCAUGAGCCCACCACGGCGGCGACGACAUGGUGGCGGCGGCUCGCGUGUCGGUUCUCCAGCGCGAGGGCGACGGGAUCCUGGUGGCGGCUCGCCAGUUGGUUCCCCAAGGAGACGAGCGGCGUCAACGAGGAUGACCCCGAAGCUCCGCUGAUAGCACGCAGGCAGCCUGACCCCAGCCCCGGCCCCGGCCCCAGCCCCUCCCCCUCGGACUGCUCGCCGCCAUGGGGCAACUGGCUCACCAUCCAGACCUUCUCACUCGGCGGGUCCCUGUGCCUGCUCCCUUACAUGGGUCCGGCUGCGCUGCUGAGUGACGCUGCCCACUAUGAUAAUGAUUACAGAUGGUGGGUUCAGCUUGCUUUUCAGAUAUGGUGGUGCCUGGUUAUCGUGGGCGUGCCCUGCGCCUUGUGUUGCCGGUCAAGGAUCGAGCGAAUCUACGCCCGUAUUUCCGCCCACCUCGGAAUGCUGGGUAUGUAUAUUUUCCUCUCCUCUUCUUGUCUCACUGCCACAAAUGAAGAUUGUUUGUUUGGGAGUAAUGGUUUUGUUACUGUUAAAACUGGUAUUACUGUGAACGCCCUUUUCUUCUGUCAUUGGAUGCUGGCCGCCGUUGCCACGAAGCUGAUGAAGAUCUUUCUGGGUGGUGCCGUUGCCUAUUUCCUGUUCUAUUGGAUACGGUGUUGUUGGGUGGGAGAGAUCUGAACAAGCAGUAAACGGCAGCAAAUUGUUGGAAGCGUCGGCAGCAGAACGAUCCGAUGGAGGUUCAGUAACAUGGCGGCAAGCAAGUUGAAAGCUUCCUGCUUGUCACGAAUGUGUGAAACCGAUAGUAACAAACUAAUAUAGUGCUAUGAUUUUCAACAAAUAUAGAUAUGGGGGUGAAAGGCAUGAUGCAAUCUGUUGUGCUACACUACAUGGAUGGAAUUGUAAAUUGUUGAACAGAUGAUUGUAAAGUGUAGCGAAAAACUUGAUAAUUUUGUAGGUUAGAAGUUCAGGAAUGAGGAUGAACUUGAUUUCUGCA